AUGAAAUUCCUGGACAUUUUUGUUGGCUACCCUGGUUCGGUCCACGACACCAGGGUGCUCAGGAACAGUCCAGUGUUUGUGAGGGGCUGUUACCCACCAGCUGGCCAUUACAUUGUGGGGGAUGGAGGUUACCCGUGCCUGAGGGAACCUCUUAACCUCAUCACACCGUACCGGGAACCGUUGAGGGGUAGAGUGGAGGCGCGCUUCAACCGACACCAUGCCAGAGCCCGAUCGGUUGUGGAGAGGGCUUUUGGGAUGAUGAAGGCACGGUGGAGAGGGAUCUUCUUCAAGGCCCUGGAAGUGGAUCACAGCUUUUCCCCCAAGGUGAUAGCAGUGUGUGCAGUGCUCCACAACAUCUGCCUCACUGCUGGAGACAUCCUGGAGCCAACUGAGGGAGAGGAUCCAGUGCCGCUACCUCCACAGGGACCUGUGCAGAGAGAUGAACAUGCUGGUUGCCAUGCUUGGAUUGUUGCUACUACUGCUGCAGCAGCAUUUUCCAGUUGGAAGCAACUACAGAUGUAG